UCUUUAAUCGUAGGAUUCUGCUAACUGUUACUUUAUCUCCGAAUUGCAUAGAAUUUCAGAUAUCUGAUUCCGUCAAGCGGUGGAGAAGAGAGAACAUCGAGGAAGGGAGAGAGAGAGAGAGCGCGCGGCCAUGGAAACUGCCAUAUGCGGUCGAGUCCCUCUUUCACCCAACCAUGUCUUUAACCCUACAAAAUCCGGGGAUAAGUACAUUUUUUGCAAGCAAUGCAAGAACCGGAUCAUUUUGAUGACAGUAUCGGCCGCUGGGCUUGGGAAAGGUGGCGGCUUAUUGGAGAAGCCUACCGUUGAGAAGACGACGCCUGGCCGUGAAUCCGAGUUUGACUUGAGAAAAUCAAGGAAAAUGGCCCCACCUUACCGUGUUCUGCUGCACAAUGAUAACUUUAACAAGCGGGAGUAUGUUGUCCAAGUGUUAAUGAAGGUCAUUCCUGGAAUGACCCUUGACAAUGCAGUUAACAUCAUGCAAGAGGCACAUUAUAAUGGCCUGGCGGUGGUAAUCAUCUGUGCUCAAGCUGAUGCUGAAGAGCACUGCAUGCAAUUGAGAGGUAAUGGCCUUUUGAGUUCAAUUGAGCCUGCCAGUGGCGGGUGCGAAUAGUUUCAUAUUUUUAGAAAAAAGCAAUGCAUGUCUUCAACAACAGCUUUAAUCCGUUUUUAGUGAUGGAAUUCUGUUGAAAUGUACAUAAACUUAAAAAGUCCAUAUGAAGAUGAACCUUUGUUGUGUUUUGCUAUGUUAAAACCAAAUUUAUCUUA